UUUCAUUAGCCAUCUCAAGCACCAGCCAAGAGCCGAAGAACUCCCUCUUCCCUCUUCAGAUAAGAGAGAGAGAGAGAGAGAGAGAGAGAGAGAGAGAGAGAGAGAGCGUUGGAGCCCUAGGGGACGAGAGAGGAUGGGGAUCCUGGGAUGGAGGGCGCUUUCGCUGCUGGCUUUGCUCGCCUCCAUCCUCGUUCUUUACAUUAAAACCCCUUCCGAGCAAUCGGAGAUUAAUAGCGAUUGCAGCCUUCUCCCCUACGAUCACUAUUGGAUAUCCAGCAAACGCAUCGUUACACCACAAGGUGUCAUCACGGGUGCAGUUGAGGUGAAAGGAGGAAUAAUUGUUUCGGUGGUCCAAGGAGAUUACCUGCAAAGCUCAUUCUCCAGGGCACGUGUGGUGGAUUAUGGAGAUGCUGUUAUUAUGCCUGGUUUGAUUGAUGUCCAUGCACACCUUGAUGAGCCUGGAAGGGUUGAAUGGGAAGGAUUUUAUUCAGGGACUAAAGCGGCUGCUGCUGGUGGCAUAACAACAUUGAUUGACAUGCCACUCAACAGCUUUCCUUCUACAGUAUCUGAGGAAACACUUAGACUCAAGGUUGAGGCAGCAGAGAAGAAAAUUUAUGUUGAUGUUGGUUUCUGGGGAGGUUUGGUUCCAGAAAAUGCCUUUAAUACAAGUGCAUUGCAGGGUCUUCUAAAUGCAGGUGCACUGGGUCUGAAGUCUUUUAUGUGUCCUUCAGGAAUAAAUGAUUUUCCAAUGACAAAUUCAACCCAUAUCAAGGAGGGGUUGUAUGUAUUGGCAAAGUACAGCAGGCCGUUGCUUAUCCAUGCAGAGAUUGUUUUGGAUUCUGAAACCAAGGUAGAAAUGAAUGAUGGUGGUUCAGAUGCUCGGUCCUAUGCAACAUACCUUAAGACCAGGCCACCAUCAUGGGAGGAAGCAGCCAUCAGAGAGUUGCAAGAGGCAAUGCAAGAUACAAAGUUCGGUGGUCGUGCAGAAGGAGCUCAUGUUCAUAUUGUCCAUUUGUCAGAUGCAGAAGCUUCACUAGAUCUGAUCAAGGAUGCCAAAAGAAGUGGUGCUAGUGUAAGUGUAGAAACUUGCCCCCAUUACCUGGCAUUUGCAGCUGAAGAAAUUACUGAUGGGGAUACACGCUUUAAGUGCGCUCCACCUAUACGUGAUGCAGCCAAUAGGCAAAAACUAUGGGAGGCUCUGAUGGAGCAACAUAUAGAUAUGUUAAGUUCUGAUCAUUCACCAUCAAUACCAGAUCUCAAACUCUUUGAUGAAGGUGACUUUCUAAAAGCAUGGGGUGGGAUCUCAUCUUUGCAGUUUGUUCUUCCUGUGGCGUGGUCUUAUGGACAAAAAUACGGGAUUACCUUCAGUCAGUUGGUUACCUGGUGGAGCGAGAGGCCAGCAAAGCUUUCAGGUCAAAACCAUAAGGGGGCCCUUGUUGGAGGAAACCAUGCAGAUUUGGUUGUAUGGGAGCCUGAAGCGGAGUUUGAACUCGAUGAGAACCAUAAAACAUACCAUAAGCAUCCGACUAUUUCACCCUACAUGGGCAAGAGACUAUCUGGAAAGGUCUUGGCAACUUUUGUGAGAGGGAACCUUGUAUACAGUACAGGAAAGCAUGCUCCAGCAGCUUGUGGUGUUCCAAUACUUGCAAAGUAUACUAGUUCUCGGGACUGGGCUCGCGAGGUCGCAGACCACGACGGCGGGAUCGGCGGGGGCAGCGUAAAAGCGGCCGUUGUAGUGGAUGAGAUCGGAGUAGAUGCCAUAAGGAUCAUUGAUGACGGUCCAUCUGGCAUCGCCAGGGCGGCAAAACGUGAGCUUGCCGGUCGCACCAUUUAUCGCCAUGAUGAUGCAGCCAGUGGGAUCAACGACGGGGUCGGCAGAGAGGACGGCCUUCAAGAGGGAGCGGCCGCGGAGGCACUGGGCAGCGUAAAGCCUUUCCAUUCCGAGGGAAGGCGGGACAGGAAGGGGGAUCUGGGUGUGGGCGAAAGGGUGGACGAGGUGCAUGUGGAGCUGGCGGUCGACGGUGAUGAACCAGCCGCGGGAGGCGCCGCAGAUCCAGCGGUGGAAGAGCUCGGGGACGUAGAGACGGAGGGGGCGGCGGUUGGCGAGGGGGAGGAAGACGAGGUGGCCGUCCAAGGCGUGGUGGGGCUGGUUGAAGGGGAGCAUCCAGGGGCGCUCGAGGGGGGGCCGGGCGGCGCGGCGGGCGGCGGCCCAGGGCUUGCAGACGAUGGUGAAGCGGAGAUAAUGUUCGAUUGCUUCAUACCCGUCAAAAAACUGUCAAUUCUCUUUUUCCCUUCCGAUUUCACUAUCUCCGCUACUCACAACUCUAGGGUUUCAGUUCUCGCAUCAAUUAGAGCUUCCAAUCUCCCUGGUAAUAAGAUCGGCUCAAGUUCCAUCGGCACCGGAAUUAGGGUUUCCAACGCCUCCCAGGAGAAAGCCGAGAGCUUUGGGCUCUCAAAUGACUUCCAGAAGCCGAGAAAUGAAGCUAGGGUUUCGGAGGUUCUACGCGAGGAGCUCCGGAAGGAGACGGAGAAAACCCUGGAGUGGAGCUUGAUAUGCUCACAAGUCUCUGCCUUUGUCUGUACGAGCGCUGGUAAAGCUCUGUGCCGGAGCGGGAGUCUUCCGAUUGGUCGAGAUCGUGAAGAGAGCCUGAAGCUCUUGGAUCAGACGGCGGCGGCCGUGCUCCUUCCCCAGCCGUUGGAUUUUUCUGGUAUCGAUGAUGUGUCGGAGAUUGUGAGGUCGGCAGUUGAUGGACAGCUGCUCACCAUUGGGGAGCUCUGUGCUGUGGAGCGGAGUCUCCGGUCUGCAAGAAGGGUGUUUGAACAGUUGGAGCAAAUUUGGGCUGCCGGAGAGUCUCCUGAUAGGUUCUCUCCUCUUCUUGAUAUACUGCAAGAUUGUGAUUUCCUUACAGAAAUAGCAAACAAGAUCAGAUUUUGUAUUGACUGUACUCUCUCUAUAGUUCUUGAUCGAGCUAGUAUGAAGUUGGAAUCUCUUAGGUUGGAAAGGAAGCAGAACAUGGAGAGACUAGAGUCUCUGUUAAGGAAAAUAUCUAUGGAGGUUUUCCAGGUUGGCGGCAUUGACAGACCUCUGAUUACCAAGCGCAGGUCAAGAAUGUGUAUUGGUAUUAGGGCUUCUCACAAGUCUCUACUUCCGGAAGGUAUUGUUCUAAGUUCCAGUAGCUCUGGAGCAACAUAUUUUAUGGAGCCAAGAGAUGCCGUUGUGCUGAACAACAUGGAAGUUAGGCUUUUGAAUGAUGAGAAAGAUGAGGAGCUUGCUAUUUUGAGCUACCUAUCUUCAGAAAUUGCACGCUCAGAAACAAAGUUCAGGCUUUUGAUGGAGAAGAUUCUGGAGUUGGAUCUUGCUUCUGCUAGGGGUGCUUAUGCCCUGUGGAUGAAUGGUGUGCACCCACUUUUCAGCGAAGGCCAUCAAAUUAUCAACUCAAAUAUAUCUGCGAACUCUCUGUCAAUAGAUAUUCAAGGCAUUCAGCAUCCUUUGCUCCUUCAACCUUCACUUAGAAGUUUGUCAUCUACUUCAAUACCAGAAGCUGGGAGCUCAGAAAUGUUGAGUAGGAGAGAUAGGGCGAUGGAGUCUGAAGAUUUGCCCAAAGCUGAAACACCAGUACCCAUUGACAUCAGGAUUGGAUAUACCACAAAGGUGCUUGUGAUCUCUGGACCGAACACUGGAGGUAAAACUGCGACUAUGAAAACUUUGGGUUUGGCAGCGCUAAUGUCUAAGGCUGGUAUGUUUUUGCCAGCUAGAGGUAGGCCAAGGCUUCCAUGGUUUGAUCAGAUUCUUGCUGAUAUUGGUGAUCACCAGACACUGGAGCAUAAUCUCUCAACCUUUAGUGGGCAUAUAUCACGCAUCUGCAAGAUAAUAGAAGUUGUUUCAAAAGAUUCACUUGUUCUCAUUGAUGAGAUUGGUAGUGGUACCGACCCUUCAGAAGGUGUGGCUCUUUCCACCAGCAUUUUGCAGCACCUUGCUGGUCGUGUUAAUCUAGCCGUUGUGACUACCCAUUAUGCGGACUUAAGCCGUCUGAAGGAUCACAAUUCUCAAUUUGAAAAUGCUGCUAUGGAGUUUUGUGUGGAAAGCUUGCAGCCAACAUAUCGCAUAUUGUGGGGAAGUACUGGUAAUUCCAAUGCUUUGAGUAUUGCUAAGUCAAUUGGCUUUGAUCAGAAGGUGCUGGAUCGUGCACAAGAAUGGGUUGAGAAGCUAGUGCCUGACAAACAAAAGGAACGGCAGGGUUUGCUUUAUCAGUCAUUGUUGGAAGAAAGGAACCUGUUAGAGGCUCAAUCAAAGGAAGCUGCAUCCGUUCUUUCAGAAGCUAAGAAGUUACAUCUUGAGAUUCGCUCUGAGGCUGAAGAUCUUGAUAAGCACGUGGCUGCUCUGAAGGCAAAAGAAUCCCAACGGGUACAACAGGAACUAAAGACUGUGAAGUCUCAAAUGGAUUCCAUAAUCAAGAACUUUGAAACUCAACUAAAAAAUGCAAGUCCUUAUCAGUUUAAAUCAAUGAUGAGGGAAGCGGAGGCCGCUAUUGCCUCCAUUGUUGCAGCUCACCAUCCAGGUGAUGAUACUCUAUUUGGAAAAACAGACAGUCACAGUUCAUAUAUACCACAAAUUGGAGAUAAAGUAUAUGUUAAAGGGUUAGGAAAUAAGUUGGCCACUGUUAUUGAAGCACCUGCAGAAGAUGACAUUACUAUGGUGCAGUAUGGAAAAAUAAAGGUACGUGUGAAGAAAACAGACGUGAAGUUGGUUGAAGGUAGCAUGGAUGAUACAGAAUAUUCUGCUUCGCACUUAAGAGUGCAGGAUCAGGGACGAUACUACAAGGAACCUUCUGUGGGGGCAAACAAGGAUGAGGUUUCUUUUGGGCCAGCCGUGAGGACAUCAAAGAAUACAGUUGAUUUGCGAGGCAUGCGAGUUGAAGAAGCAUCCCAUCAUCUUCACAUGGCCAUUUCUGGAUGCAGGUCUUAUGGGGUUCUCUUUGUUGUUCAUGGGGUGGGCACCGGUGCUGUUAAGAAAUGUGCUGUUGACAUACUCAGAAAUCAUCCUCGUGUUGCCAAAUUUGAAGAAGAAGGCCCAAUGAACUAUGGAUGUACUAUUGCUUAUAUAAAAUAAAAUGCUUUCUAUUAGCUGAAAUAUUUUUGCUUUUAUGAUCAUGCAUGUCUUGGUAAAACUAUGUUAAACUCCAUGACUUUCAAACGAAUUGGUUUUGGGUCU